GGAAAUUUGGCAGGGCUGCUGUCCCGAAGAAUUUCCCUUGCAAGAAUUGUAGCGUUUUGUGCAAUCUCUGUUUUUAUUUCAACGUUCUCGUUCUGAUCAGGAAGUGAGCAUUUUUGCGGAUAAAAUAAGUACACACUUGGGGUUGUAACGAGUAGUUUUAGGACUGGUACUUGUAAUACUCGUCGCCAGCAGCGAGCGAAAGUCAGUUGUACAUGAAGCACUCGAGCGGACAAUGAAGCCUGGAAAGCUCAUAAAGUGGUGAUGACUAUAGGCGGUGUUGAUUGGAAAAAAUAUGGUGACAUUAAAUCUUCCUGGGAGUGUCAUUGUGAAAUGAAUGAGUGUGAGGUGCUCGUGAAUAAUAUUUACCCUCGUUGAUAUGUGGGAUAAAUUUGUGUACAGAACAUUUGAUAGAGGAAUAGUUUAGCAUUGAAUAUAUUUAUAGGGCGAAAGUGAAACGGUACAAUAAGACGAACACAAAUCGAUAAAUUGAUUUUUCCUCUUUUCUCCACAUCAUAUCUUGAAGGCUGUUUGUGUUUACAAUUCGUGUUCCCUUUGCUGAAAUGCAGCUUUCUUUGUGCUGAUCGGUGGCAUUAUUUCAUUGAAUUGUUAAUGAAAUUGAGGAAUAAUUCAUAUUCGCAUUAUCGAUUGCGACUAAGUGGAUAGAGGGAUUGCUGUCCUCCGGGAGUUUCUUUGAUGGCACCUCAUUUUCUGAGCGUGGUAUGAAUCCUCUGCUAUGACAUCAGCGCUGGGCCGUCGAUUGUAGGGCGUGUUUCGCCACAACUAAACCCGCUCAGGGUGUUCUUAGUCAAUGUGUGCUGGUGAUAGCAGCUAGUUAGGUGGACGUAAAACAACAUUUGCUCAAAACUGGAGGAUGAUAUUGAAUCCUCCGCAGCGGAAUUAAUCAUCAUCAAGAAAUCAUCAAUGUUUCAGACAUGUCGCCUGUGGAAUCUGAGUAUAGCAAGCGUGCUGGCGUUAACACUGUCUAAUGUAUUCCUGACCGUAAGGCUGCUGCACAACGGUGAUUGCAGUAAUCAGUACAGUGCCAAUGUCGACGACAGUGUUUCGUUGGUUCCACGAGCCCCGAUCCUCACACCAGCCACAUGUCUGGAGUACGUGUUGGCCGAGUCGUUGAACAACAACACCGAUAAGGCGGUAUUCUCUGGGCUUGAUUUGCGCUUGGGUCGGUGGGACUCGAGGAGAAUGUACAAAUUUUUUGAUUUCGCUGUGAUUGGGGAGAAAUUUCCGGAGCUGUCGGAGAAAUACAGUGUCUGUUUGGCGACGCAAAGUUCGCUGGAGAAAAUCUACUCGCUGGUACAGGUAUCACACCACUGGUCCGGUCCUAUCUCGGCGGCCAUAUUUGCUGCCGGGAACGAUGAGCUGUAUCUGUUGCAAAUCUAUCUUUCAUAUCUGAGAAAUUGCUUCAAACCAAUUCGAGAACGUGUUAGCUUCCAUCUAGCUCUACCCAAGGAUCGUGCUCCUACUCGCUUGAAGAGCAUCCACGUGAGUGACUUCACGAAGUUCGAUUGUGCCAAACCGGAGGCGACGUUGAAUGAUUUGAUCAAGCUGCGUAAGGCCGACACCAACAAAUGGCGCAUCAAGAACCCAUAUCCUCAGAAUCACCUGCGGAACGUCGCGCGCAAAGGUUGCCAAAGUACGUACGUUUUUCUGACGGAUGUUGACAUUAUACCGAGUGUUAACUUCGCCGAACAUCUGGAUAAGUUUUUGAGAAGCCAGAAGCCGCACCAGCAAACGGCCUACGUUGUGCCCACGUACGAGCUGGACGAGCGGGUUCGUUUCCCCCGCAACAAGACUGAUCUGAUUCGGCUCGCCAAUAAGGGUUUGGCGCGACCGUUUCAUCACAAAGUUUUCAUCUACAACCAGUUUGCGACGAAUUUUUCUCGAUGGCAAGUUGACGUUUCGGAGAGCGAGCUGACACGUGUGUCACACAAUGUGACAAAUUUUGAGUUCCUGUACGAACCGUUCUACGUCGCACCGGAUACUGUGCCCCCUCAUGAUGAACGAUUCCUCGGUUAUGGAUAUACCAGGAACACUCAGGUCUACGAGAUGUUCGUCGCCGGUUAUCAGUUCCAGGUGCUCACACCACUGUUCACCGUGCAUUGGGGACUGCAGAAUAAGAAAAGUCGUCCGGCCUGGCGCGAACGUCAGAACAACGUUAACCGGAAGUACUUUGAAAUUUUCAAACGCGAAGUGUUUGCUCGAUACCACAAAGAUCCGUUGCGUAUGCUACUGCCAAAGAAGAUUCAAAAACAGCACGGCGUUGGAGGUGGCGGUGGGGGAGUCGUUGGUGCUGCUGCUGCUGUGGGAGCUGGUGGCGGAGCUGUGGCAGUGGGUGGCGCUGGAGUUGCCGAAAAUAGUGGCUGAUGAUAGGCGAGUGAUUGAAGCAAAUGAUUAUAACGUUGCUCGACAGAUACCUACACAUCAUCCAAUAUCAUUACGUGGUUAGACAGAACGUGAAACAAGAAAAAAAAACAUUAAUUCAAUAAUAACAGUAGCACGUGAACUCAUGCUUCUUCUGCCAAAUUAGACUUUAAUGGAGUUACUAAGUAUCGGUGCGCUUGGUGAAUAUCGUUUGCUGAUUGGUUCUCACUUUAAUACAAAUACAAGCUGUGUACUCCCGUGUGAUAUGUAUACAUUAUUUGGCUCAUGAUUAUUCACCCCGAUCGAUAGCUAAUUGUGACGUUAAAUGCGAUUUUCUACUCAAUUUUUCCCACUUAUAUUUAUCGCUACAAUAUACUCAUCCAACCGAAUAGAACCACCAAAAUACCAUUGAAACAGCAGGCUCUAGCAGACACAACAAUUGACAUCAAUAAUAUAGUGGAAUUAUUUUGUUACGUAUUUAGUCAAGUGGAAGUGUAUAAAAAGUGAUUUUUAAACAAAAUAUUUAGUAAAAGAAUAAAUUCGUGUUGUAAUUUCCACCGUGA